AUGUGAUGAAAACACGGAAAACGGAAGAGACUGUCGUACUCUCGGGGUGGAUCUACAGUCAUCAUGCAGAGUACGGCCAAUUACCUGUGGAUGAUGUCCGACCUGCUGGGUCAGGGAGCCACAGCUAACGUGUACCGCGGUCGACACAAGAAAACAGGCGAUCUGUACGCCGUCAAAGUGUUCAACAACCUGAGUUUCCUGCGGCCGCUGGACGUGCAGAUGAGGGAGUUUGAGGUGCUGAAGAAACUCAAUCACAAGAACAUCGUCAAGCUGUUCGCCGUCGAGGAGGAGUCGAACACACGUCAUAAGGUGCUGGUGAUGGAGUACUGCCCCUGCGGGAGUCUCUACACCGUCCUGGAGGAGCCCACCAAUGCGUACGGCCUGCCGGAGGACGAGUUCCUCAUCGUUCUGCAGGACGUCGUGGCGGGAAUGAAUCACCUGCGCGAGUACGGCAUCGUGCAUCGAGACAUCAAGCCAGGGAACAUCAUGCGAGUGAUUGGAGACGACGGAUUCUCUGUGUACAAACUCACCGACUUCGGAGCCGCUCGCGAACUGGAGGACGACGAGCAGUUCGUAUCGCUGUACGGCACAGAGGAGUAUCUGCAUCCAGACAUGUACGAGCGGGCGGUGCUGAGGAAAGACCACCAGAAGAAAUACGGCGCUACGGUGGAUCUGUGGAGCAUCGGAGUCACGUUUUACCACGCCGCCACCGGCAGCCUGCCGUUCAGACCCUUCGAAGGGCCGCGCAGAAACAAAGAAGUCAUGUAUAAGAUCAUCACAGAGAAGCCCCCCGGCGCCAUCUCCGGACACCAGAAGUUUGAAAAUGGGAAGAUCGAGUGGAGCUCCGAGAUGCCCAUCUCCUGCAGCCUGUCCAAGGGUCUGCAGAGCCUCCUGACGCCGGUGCUGGCGAAUAUCCUGGAAGCGGAUCAGGAGAAGUGCUGGGGGUUUGAUCAGUUCUUCGCAGAGACCAGCGACAUCUUACACCGCAUCGUGGUCUACGUCUUCAGUCUGCAGCAGGCCACGCUGCACCACGUCUACAUACACACUUACAACACAGCGAACCUCUUCCAGGAGCUGCUGUUCAGACGCACCAACAUCACUCCGUCCCAUCAGGAGCUGCUCUACGAGGGCCGACGGCUCGUCCUCGACCCCAACCGGCAAGCACAAACCUUUCCCAAGACCUCCAGAGACAAUCCCAUCAUGCUCCUGUGCAGAGACCCCGUCAACACCGUCGGCCUGCUGUUUGAGGACCCCAGCCCACCCAAAGUACAGCCGCGCUACGACCUGGACCUGGACGCCAGCUACGCCAAGACGUUCGCAGGUGAUGUGGGAUACCUGUGGAAAACAUCAGAUUCUCUGCUUCUGUACCAGGAGCUGGUGAGGAAAGGAGUCCGAGGCCUGAAUGAGCUGAUCAGAGAUGAGUACAGUGAGACGAUGCACAAGAAGACGGAGGUGUUCCACCUGUGCAGCCACUGCAGCCAGACACUGGAGCGCAGCGAACAACUCUGUGAGGCGCUGAUGCAGGGAAAUAUCCUGUCAGCCGAGUAUGACGAGAUCCGAGACACCAGGAAGAAGGUGCUGCGGCUCUCAGGCUCUCUAGCCUCUAUGGAUCAGACUCUGCAGGACAUCAACAGCAUGUUCCUGCCCGGAGGAAGCCUGACCGACACCUGGACGCAGCAGGUGGGAACACACCCCGAGGACCGCAAUGUGGAGAAGAUCAAGGUCCUGCUGGACGCCAUCGGGGCCAUUUACCAGCAGUUCAAGAAGGACAAGGCGGAGCGGCGUCUACCCUAUAAUGAAGAGCAGAUCCACAAGUUUGACAAGCAGAAGCUGGUCCUUCACGCCACUAAAGCGCGAGCUCUGUUCACAGACGAGUGUGCCAUGAAGUAUCGCCUCUUCAUCUCCAAGAGUGAGGAGUGGAUGAAGAAGUUUCAUCACGUGCGGAAGCAUCUCCUGUCUCUGACUGGUCAGUUCAGCAGCCUGGAGCAGGAAGUGACUCUCCUCAUGCAGCGCCUGUAUAAGCUGCUGGAGCAGUUCCCACAGAAGGUGGUCCCGAUGGCGUCUGGUGUCCUGAAGCCGCAGGCGUAUCUGAGCCCCAGCACACUCGUGGAGAUGACCCUUGGGAUGAAGAAACUGAAGGAGGAGAUGGAGGGAGUGGUGAAGGAGCUGGCGGAGAACAACCUGUUCCUGGAGAGAUUCGGCUCACUGACGGUGGAUGGAGGAAUGAGGACAGUGGAGCGGAUGUGACAUAUACACACACACACACACACUUUCACAUACACAGAGAUGCACACAUACACACACACACACACACACACAGUCUCUGUCUGUCUCUUGUACAUAUGGACAGUCUGUAUAUACUCUCUCUCUCUCUCUGCUUCAGUUGCGUCAGGAUCAGCACUGUUACUGUUUUAAGUUCUGCUCUUCUCCUCAUCAGUGUGUGUGUGUGUGUGUGUGUGCAUGUGUGUGUGUGUUUCACUGAAGCGCUCUCUCUCUCUCUCUCUCUCUCUCUCGGUCAGUGUAAAUCAGGACUCUUGAUAUUUAUAGGGCUUCAUGUUUCUUUGUGUAAAUGAGGAUUAAACAGCAGCAGCGCUGAGUUCUGCUCAAACCUUCAUCUGCUCGUCUGCUUCAGUCCAGCUCCACACACACACUCCAUCCUCACAGCACACACACUCGCUAUCAUCUGUUAGAGCGCACACACACACAACAUACGCCACUUUAGGCUGGAGUUAGUAAUGAUGGUAAUCAGAGUUCGCCACAGUGCAAUGAACCACCAACUAUUCCAGCAUGUGUUCCACAGUACCCUUCCAGCCACAAGCCAGUACUGGGAAACACCCAAACACACUCAUUCACACACACUCCCGUGUGUGUGUGUGUGUGUGUGUGUGUGUGUGCGCGCACAAAUGCAGUUUGUAAAGUCCGAGUUCUGAUGAUUCUGUUGUUUUCAGUCUAUAUUGCUGAUAAUGUGUAGUUAAACUUGUUUAGUUUAUAUUUUGUGGCAGUAAAAGAAACAGAACAGAUAACU